UGCGGUAGGCGCCUUGGGGGUUACUAGGACCCCGACCCCAAGAUGGCGGCGCCCAGCGAAGUGCCCGCUGCUGCCUCCAACGAAGGCGAUGGCGGGGGCAACGGCUUUGGAUCGUGGCUGGACGGACGGUUGGAGGCACUGGGAGUGGACCGAGACGUUUACGGUGCCUAUAUUUUGGGUGUCCUGCAGGAGGAGGAGGAAGAAGAGAAGCUGGACGCUCUGCAGGGUAUCCUCUCUGCUUUCCUGGAAGAAGAUUCCCUCUUUAACAUUUGCAAGGAGAUUGUGGAACGAUGGUCAGAGACUCAGAAUGUUGUCACCAAAGUGAAAAAAGAAGACGAGGUACAGGCCAUUGCCACUCUAAUUGAGAAGCAGGCGCAGAUCGUGGUGAAGCCCAGGAUGGUGUCAGAAGAGGAGAAGCAGAGAAAAGCUGCCCUCCUGGCUCAGUAUGCGGAUGUAACAGAUGAAGAGGGCGAAGCAGAUGAGAAAGACGAUUCAGGUACCAACACAAUGAACAUUGGUUCUGAUAAAUCUCUGUUCCGAAACACCAAUGUGGAAGACGUCCUCAAUGCCCGAAAACUGGAGCGAGACUCACUUCGGGAUGAGUCCCAAAGGAAGAAGGAACAGGACAAGCUGCAGAGGGAGAGGGACAAACUAGCCAAGCAGGAGCGCAAGGAAAAGGAAAAGAAAAGGACACAAAGAGGGGAACGAAAGCGAUAACCUUGAUCCACUCUGUUCUCCUCAUGAACUUGAUCAAAGUGAGAACUGGUUUUGCACAUGUGUAUUCAAGAGAAAUGAGAACAUUGCAAAGUGGUUUCCCAAGGCUUUCCCCUUCUGUUUACUUGGUCUAAAGGAAAAUCACAAAUGCUUCUAAUUACAGAAUGUGCCAUGUAAUCAGAUUAUAGUUGAUAUCUGUACCAAAGGUCUGGAAUAGGGGCAACCAUUAUAUUUUGAUACUGAACUCCUGUGCUUAUUUUAGCCACUUUAAAAAGUCUUCCCUCACCUUGGAUAAACAGCAGGAAUAUUCCAAAAGCUGAUUGUUAAGUUUUUAUCCUGAGGGAGCAGAAUCAUGGUCACUCCUUUCCUGAGAUGAAACAUGAGUAUAAAUUGCUUCAGAAGUAGUAUUCAUCCGUAAAUGUGCUGUUUGAUGGCUGAACUAGAAAGCUAAUGAAGAGCCCUACCUGGAUUUAGAGUUUGUUACAUGGCAACAAACUAAGACAAUGAGAAGAAAUUAUUUGUUGGAAGUUCUAGAAAGAUCUUUUUUUAAAGAGGUUCAGCCUAUUUGAGGAAAAGUAUCUUUUUAAGUAGAGAUAGUUACAGAUUUUUCCUCAUCUAGGCUGUGAUUUUAAGGAUGUUUAUUGGGUGCAAGGAUAUCAUUGUUAUUGGCUAGAUUCUUUUUUUAUAAUCAUGAAUCCUCUUGAGUGCUAGUAGAGAUUUUAAUCCUGAUCUGCCCUAAAGUAUGAGUAUGAAGACCUGAUAAUUACAGGUUUAAAUAAACUGGAGAAACCUUCACCUUUUUAAAGAAGAAACACUGGAAAUCUCUGCUGACACAAAGAUAUUUAAGAGUGUGCAGAGUAGGUACUCAACGCAUUUAUUGAAUGAGUGAAUGAAUGGAAAAAGUGGGAGAGUCAGAAAUGAGCAGGAACAUUCUACUUCCAUUUUUGUCACAAGCCACAUUCAACUGUAAAUAGGGCCUUUCUCUGCUUCAGGUAGUAGACCGUCAGGAAGCCUAAAGAGAACAGUUUCUCUUACAUGACAGGAAGUAGAUUAUUUUAUACCAGGAGUCAGCAAACUGCUGCCAGCAAGCAAAUUUGGCCCAGUGUUUUUGUAUCGCGCGAGCUAACAAUGGACUUUAUAUUUUUAAAGGGUUGUUAAAGAAAGAAUAUGUGACAGACCUUAUGCAGCCUGUAAAGCUUGAUAUGUUUAUUGUCUGCCCCUUUGGAGAAAAAAUUUGCUGACCUCUGUUUUAUACCAUUAACUAUAUGAAAUUAACAAAAUGUUUACCUUUGUGCAGAAGGUAAAAAGCAUAGAAUACGGAAACGAUGUCACCUCUAUACACUCCUAUGAUCUUGGCAUUGCAAAAAUUUAAAAAACACACUUAAAAAAAAUAAACUAUUUAAAUCAC